CAGCAAAAGAGAAGAAAAGGAGAAAAGUUAAGACACAAAUGAUAUAAUAAAAAAUGUAAGCAAAGCUGGAUUCCAUUUACAGAGGGUUAAGGAGCCAACUUAUCCAAAAGUGAUAAAAUACACAAAGCUGUUUUCUUGCAAAAAAAUAAGAUGCAGUGGCUGCAGUGUCUUAUGAGGCAUUGCUGAUACAUGACUGCCCUUUAGUGGUGACAUUUGGGAUUGUAGUCUCACACCCAUCAACAAUAACGCGUACAUAUGUUGUCCAUUCCCAGUUUGGCAGCAGUUUUUACUCUUGGUCUCAUGUGUUCGACGUCUUUCCCAGAAUUCACCCCACGUGUUCCCUAGGUGUGUUUUACAGUUCAGUCAUUCUGAUCCCGAAUGCACAGCUGUUUGCAACAAAAUCCUCACGCAGCAGUAACAGUGCGAGUAAUUUACCGUUUUUAAACUUCACAAUUACAUGAGAUGAAUGAUCUUCAAAUUAAAUUUCUCCUCGCUAACCUCUUUAAAUGUCUACCACAAGCCGAUAGUAAAAGUAAAGUGGCUGGAAAAGUAUGCAUAUAUUUGAGUUUUAUUCUUCUUCUGGAGAGCAUUAAUAGUUCAGCUUUUAGUGUUGCUAUCAGAAAAGACUUCAGAGAGAAAGUGCGUCACGUCUUGGUGGACACACUGUAUCAGGCCUGAUAGCAAAGUUUAAAAGUGUGACGUAGAGUAUAAUGUAUGUACUGUAGUAAAAGGACCUGAAGCACCCAAACUGACCUACUAUUCAUUACUUUAAGGUCAUGAAUAACUUGAAGAGCCUGUCAUGCGCUUGAGUGAGUGAAGAAAAGAAAGUUUGGGUGUGGCAAGGCAACCCUUAUUGUUCUUCUGCAUUCAUGUGAUGUCGCUUUUCUUAUUUUACAAAUGAUCCAUCUUUCGAUGUACACUUUCCACUCAUGUUAACAAAACAAAAACAAAAAAUCAUUUAAAACAAAUCUUGCACUCUAUCAUAUUCUACAAUGAUUCUAUAAAAAACAACAACAAAAAGAAAAUGUUACCUAGAAAGCAUUAACAGACAACUACAGAAACCAGAUGAUCUGAAAGGCACUUUUACCGUUUAAGUACCUUUUAUUAUAUUAAGAAGUAACACUGAGAUUCAAAUUUCUGGAAAAGGGUUUUCAAAUAUUAAUUAUAUUUAUAUUAUGUUAUUAUAUUAAGCAACCAUUACAACAUUUUCUCUGUAAAACAUAAAAACAAGUAGGCUAUCUCUACACUAUGAAUUGACGGUAGGUGUGAGUUUGAGUGUAAGUGGAUGUUUGUCUCUGUCCUCGGGUGGACAGGUUGGCUGUCCAACCCAGAGAGAGUGAAUUUUAUCAAAACAAAAAAACACCCAAUUCAUUAACCAUGUACCUACAGUAAUAGGAACAUGCUUACUUUUUUGAUACUGGCUCUAUUAAGCUAUUCAACUAUUCGCCAGAAGAGGGCACCGUUGCAUAAAUUAUAGGUUUUGGUUAGUUGUUUUUUGUGCUGGAGCGUUUUUUUUUCAGUUACAAAUAUUAAAUUGUCACAAACUAUAAAAGUUAGUCAUUUUUCUAAGACUUAUUUAAUGCUUUACAAGGAAAAUGUUUGGUUCUUUUUCUAUUAUUAAUUUUAACAUUUCACUCUGAUAGGUAUACUUAUAUUAAUGUACUUUUAUGUCAACGCCCAUUCAUUCAAUAACUACAGUUUAAAGGUGAAACUAAAUUGUAAAUUAGUUUUUUUUUAAAUUAGGUGUGUAGCCCAACCUCAACUGUCUUCUUCCUGUGUAAAAAAGCUGCUCGAGGCUAAACAAAACCAGUCUGGUGUGAAGAGAAGGAAACGAGUUUGACUAACUAACAAAAACUCAGAGUCACUCCACAUUAAUUCCGCUCCUCACACUAACAACACAGCUGUGAUAUUUCAGCGGUGUCAAGAUGCCGAAAAGAUUCUUCAAAAUCCUCUUCGUUCUUGCUCUUGUCGGCAUGAUCUGUUAUGCCGCGCUACUGUUCGCCGUCAGGAAGGAAACUUUCCCAACUUUUUCAAUCAAUUUUUAUCGGAACUUUAAUGAAAACAGUACAUUGCCGACAGAGAGCGCGCAACAGAUGGUAGAGCAGCAGGAGGCUGACACGAAUACAGGAGAAGAAGCUGGUCAAGAGCAGGAGACCAGAGGAGAAGAGGCACCGCUGUUCGCCACAAAUGACCAUGAGUCUGGUCUGUGUCCAGAGUUCCCUCCAGGAUUGGUCGGUCCUCUUUUGGUGGAGUUCAACAAGCCACGGAGUUGGAAUGAAGUGACAGACACCACAAGUUAUUCUCUUAGUUUAGGAGGAAGGUUCAAGCCACCAGACUGCAUCGCAAGACAAAAGGUGGCAAUAAUCAUCCCAUUCCGAAAUCGAGAAGAACACCUGAAGCACUGGCUGUACUACAUGCACCCCAUAUUGAAGCGGCAGCAGCUGGACUACGGUGUGUACGUCAUCAACCAGCAGGGAGAAGAUAUUUUUAACAGGGCUAAACUGCUGAACGUCGGAUACGUAGAGGCGCUGAAGGACUACGACUAUGACUGCUUUGUCUUCUCCGAUGUCGACUUGAUUCCCACUGAUGACAACAACCUCUACAAAUGUUUCGACAAUCCACGACAUUUGUCCGUGGCGAUGGACAAAUUUGGUUACCGGUUGCCUUACAAAACCUAUUUUGGCGGCGUUUCCUCACUGUCCAAAGAGCAGUUCAUAAAGAUCAAUGGCUUCCCCAACACUUACUGGGGCUGGGGAGGUGAGGACGAUGACAUCUACAAACGGGUUGUAUACAAUGGAAUGUCAGUCUCUCGCCCUGACCUGGUGAUGGGAAAGUACAAAAUGAUAAAGCAUGAAAGAGACUUGCACAACGAGCCUAAUCCUGUCAAUCCUGACAAAAUAAGUCAAACGUUGUGGACGAUGGGUAAGGACGGACUUAAUACCCUCGAAUACACAGUCACUGAGAUUAAAAAGACUAUGCUGUACACUAUGAUCACUGUAGAUGUUCACGGACCACUGAAUUGAAAUGGACUUGGGACCAAUGCUGUUUACUAACUUUCUUUAGUGUGUGUGAUAGGGAAACCAGUGGGAGGUAUAUCUGUUCCUGGAUCUGUGGAUGAAACUUUGAUCUUUUAUUCACAGCGUGCUUGAACACUAAGACUGAGAUGAGUUGUUUGUUUUACACUGGUGUUAUCAGAAUACUAGGCAAAAGGAUGGUGGCACAUUGCAACAUUUUUUUUCACAAGAGCAAACAUGACUUGAAAACUACCAGUGUAUAUUAUUAAAGUAUGAUUCUUAUUGUACUUUAUUUGGGUAAAUAUGAGUAAGGUGGGAAUCGAGUGAAGCCCGAACCAAAAGUCAGAACUAACUAUGUGUUCCUUCUUUCAUACCCACUGGUAUGUGGCCCCACCUGUGAGGUGAAAACCAGGAUGACCAGAUAACACACAUACUUUCUGAGGUUUUGCAUUGCCCAGAAAGAAAAGUAACUAAAAAAAAUACCAAGAGCCUUUGAUUUGCAAAACUGUUUCCACCGUAGUUUGGCACUAAACACACUGUUGCUAAAGUCAACAGAUACUUUAGGCUGCAGCCUGAAUGAUGUGUAACCUUUGCAACUUUUGACAAUGCUGAGUAGUUUCGAAGUAUUUGCAGUAACGACUAACUGGUUUUUCAACCUGUUUGGAACCUGCUCUGUGUUCACCUGUUGAGAGUUUCAUCAUCGUUGAUUUGUAAAUAUGUGGCAGUCGACGGGUUGCAACCAUUUAAACGUUCUGCGGGGACGGAAGGUAUCAGAUGUUACUGUCUUGGAUUAGAAAAGACGAGUGUCAUGUUUAAGAACAAUAAAGAAGUCACCAAA